UUUUAAACGGCAAGGACGCUGAAACAUUGGUUUUUACAGCAGAUAGAUCUGAAAGACAAAUUAGGAUUUACCUGCCAAGAUACUUUGGGUGGAAUUAACUACUUCUGCCAAAAUCAUGAGGACCGCUACUGUGUACUUUCUGUUUGUCAUCUGUGCGGUAUUUGGGUGGUGUGCGGCUCUAGACUGCUAUUCUUGCGCUGCGUCAGCCGGCUGUGGGGACCCGUUUGACCCAACCUCUGCCACGAUCAUGACAUGUACAGCUGGCAAUUUCUGUUGGACUCUGUGGACAAGAUCUGGGGACAUCGACGUGUACACCAGAGGUUGCAUUGCACCUUACGCUUGUUCGACGGGUUGCAUUACUACCGCUCAGGGGAUUAUAUGCAGUUCCUGCUGUGAUGACCAGAAUCUGUGCAACCAUAAAGCCAUUGCGGACGGAAGUUCGGACGUUCUCCAAUGCUUUGUGUGUGUCUACUCUUCGGACCCCUCUUUGUUUGGGUUCGGCAGCGAUCCAGCAUGCAACGACCCUGUAGACCCGACCGGUUACGGGGUGCUUCAACAGUCUUGUCCUAAUGGGGAGUGUGGGGUUGUCAAGGCCACAGUCAAUGGACACACUUCCAUCACCAGGCUCUGCAUUCCCACUUCUGCUGGGGGAUGCACGCCCGCCUGUGACGCCCUAUCUACCACUUGUGUCACCUGCUGCUCCACCUACUUAUGCAACGGGGGUAGUGACGGAGGCAAACCGAAUACUAAUGCCGCACCGGCACCGUCAAUGCAGCCCAGCGGACACAUCGCCCUCCUGCAUUUGGUGCUGAUCUCGGUGGGUCUCGGUAUGAUGGGACUGUAUUAGAGCUGUCAUACGGCUCGUAUUUAAGACCGUUACACUUUGAAAUGCUGAUAUACACAGACUACAGUAAAGGCUUCACGUUGAGGAAAAACUUAAUUGGUGUAAAUUGAAAGCGACACAUUUUGAACAGUGGCGCAACGGGGGGGGGGCGUGCGCCCUCGGGUGCUUCCCCCGUUUGAAAUGUCUGUUGAGUUAAUACAGUUGAACUUCAUUAAUAGGAAGUCCUUCCGACUUGGCAAAUAACCUUGUUAAAAGGAACCUUGUAUUAUCAGGAAUGAAAACAAUGAAAAUAAAAAGGGGUUGAGACCUAAACAUUUUCUUAUUAUAAGCAGAGGCUUGCAUUAAUAGUGCUCUUAUUAACGACGUUCGACUGUAUAGAGCUAUGCAACUGCAAUUUAUGUUCUUGCUAUGCUUCUUGAAAAAAAAUGUGUGCAACUCUGAGUGCCCCAGGGAAGUUUACCCCUAGUUACGUCACUGAUUUUCAACCACUCUAUAACAAAUGUAAGUGUCGUAAGCUUGGCUAUAUUCAAAUACUCAGAAUGAUGUUUUUUAUUAUUUCUCAUUUUACACUUCAACAGCGCUCUUACUUUAUCGCUCAUGUUGCAUGUGGUUGAGAGUUUUCAUUUUAAUGAUCAGCAGUGAAAAAAUGGAACAUCUUCGGAACCGAGAAAACUUCAAACAAUUGCUGAGCUUUUAUAGGAUCAUCUGAUACUUUUUGCUUUUGAGAAAGAUUCUACCAGGAUCAAAACGUCAGGCCCUCCAUAUUUUGUGAUUUGCAUUUAAGGUCACUGUAGUCAGCAAGCACUUUGCAGCAGUUUUACAGGCCUAUUGAACAUCACAUCACAUGCGGAAAUUGAUUGAGAGAUGCAGUUAUCAGACAAAAUGUCAACAGAUUUAUGAUAACCGCUUUAAAGGUGGAUUUUUAUUCGUUUUUGUUCUUCCGGGAAGUUUAAUUUUUUAGGGGGGGGGGUUAACAAUUUCUCUAUGAACCCUUUUAUGGCCUUUGUAGGGGGAGGUAUCCCUUGCUCAUCGUUGAGAGGAUCUGCCGAUGGACUGUUACUGGAAGAAAACAUUCUUUUUAAUAUGGAAAUAAUGCAGAAAUGCUGCAGAAUUAUUAUGACUUCGUAAAUUUGAGGUUUGCCCGCAUUUGGGCGAGGGAGAAGGAAUCGUCCGCUGUGUAAGAGAUGUCGUCCUGCUGACUGGAAAUAACGUGUAUCUUUAUGGAAGUCACUAGCCGUGCUGUAGCCAUUUCCGGUCAAUUUGCCGUUGAUGGGAGAAUGGUCGUAACAAACGCCGACGGCACGCAAGACGCAGGUGUCACGGAACAGACGCUGCGUGACGUCAUUUCAACACAAAAAAAUGGAACAAAUUGGCGUCAGAAACACUUUUCGCAUAAAAGUCUUUCUAUGGCGAUACCGCUUCUAAGUCAAGUUUCGAUGCAUCUUUAUUUUUAAGCGUCCCCUGCUGCAUACCUACGAAACACACAAAAGGGGCACUACUUGAUCAGUCUUUGGCAUUAGCAAAAUUCUAAAAUUAAAAAAGUUUGCUGAUCGAUUAUUGCAUCUCAAAGUCUAUGAGAAUUAAACAUAUCUUUGUAGUUUGCACGUUGAGAGAGUAAUUCGACAACUGGGGUUGCAGAAUUAUUGGCUUAGUUGCAUAUUGAAUAAGUUAAAAUAAAGUCAUUUUAAAUGAUGCAUUUUAAAGAAAAUGUUUUGGCAGGGGGUGAAGUCUUUAUACAGGUGUGAUUAUUUUUCGAAUCGUAGAAAAAUAAAACCUGGAUGUUUGCUGAAAGGUUCACUGUUCCAUACAUU